AUGCCGAGGGAGGACAGACGACCCGCAGCCACUAAGCCGGGGAAGCCGUCUGGGCGCCGCCAUCUUGCCCUGCGUCAGAGCGCAGCACGCCUGCGUCCAGCGUCGCCUCUGAUUGGCGGCUUGGAGCUCCAGCGGCUAAGGCCGCCGGGGGGCGCGCGCAGGCCGGAUGUGCUUUCCCUCGCUGCCGGGUACCCCAUGGCGCUGGUGGGGCGGUUCUGCCCGGGAGAAAUUCGCAUCUCCUUGGACCGCCUCUUCCUGGCGGCGACGUGCGACCUCACGCGGGUUCCUGCGCCUGCUCUGGGCGGCACAGACAGGCUGCGUUCCCGCCAGAUAGUUAAGUUUCGUUUCCAGCAGUUACGGAGAGUUCCCCUUCCCGCCAUCUUUCCCCGAAGUCGAUUCUUCCUUUCCGGAGCGCAGAGCCUCAGAUAUGGAAGGUCAGCGCCCGAAGAGCCGUCUGCAAAGCGCGCCACGACCGAGCCCAAAGGGACCGUGGCUGCCCGGCCCCACGUGGGAAGCUGCGUCCCGCAAAGGGGGGCGCGAUCGCGGCGUGCGGAGUGUGACGGGGACCCCGCGGAGAAGCCGCGCGCCCAAGCGCCCCGAGCGCGCCCGGGAAGGGCGUCCGUGCGCACUAAGGACCCACAGCCCUCCGCCACCGGCGCCGCAGGAGAUGCCGAGCAGCCCGGCGUCCGGGAGCCCCAGCCUCCGACAGUCCCCGAGGUCGCAAGGGGCGUCCGGGAGCCCCAGCUUCCGACAGUCCCCGAGGCCGAGGUCUCAAGGGGUCCUCGGGGCAGGAGGGGCGCGCGCUCCACGGGGCAGCAGAGAGCCCCGCGGGCUUCCAGGAAGGAGCCGGAGACCCUCGACAAAAAGCUCAAGAGGGUGCUGGGAAAUUUGAAGUUGAAACGGGAUGAGAUCUCGGAGGCAGCCGAGGUGGUGAAUGAAGUCGUGAAGAGCCUGCUGAAAGGAAUGCAGACCCGUGAGUCGGAGUUCAAAGGCGUGCAGAAGCUGAACACUGGCAGCUACUAUGAGCAUGUGAAGACAGGUAUUGAUGUCAGUGUGGAGAAGGAAAAACCAGGAAGCCCUGCUGUAACACUUCUUAUCAGAAACCCGGAAGAAAUAUCUGUGGAUAUAAUUCUGGCUUUGGAAUCAAAAGGCAGCUGGCCCAUUAGUACCAAAGAAGGACUACCCAUCAAAAACUGGCUUGGCACAAAAGUUAGGACCAAACUAAGACAAGAACCAUUUUAUCUUGUGCCCAAGAAUGCAAAAGUUGGAAAUGGUUUUCAAGGCAAGACAUGGCGCCUCUCUUUCUCUCACACUGAAAAAUACAUUUUGAGUAAUCAUGGGAUAGAGAAAACAUGUUGUGAAUCUGCUGGAGUGAAAUGUUGCAGGAAAGACUGUUUAAAAUUAAUGAAAUACCUUUUGGAACAGUUGAAAAAAGAGUAUCAAGAACUAGAUGAAUUCUGUUCUUACUAUGUGAAAACUGCAAUCUUUCACAUGUGGACUGAGAACCCACAAGACAGUCAUUGGGACCCCAAGCAACUGAGCACCUGCUUUGAUGAGUUUCUGGCGUUCUUUGUUGAGUGCCUCAGGACAGAGAAACUGAUGCAUUAUUUUAUUCCAAAGUUCAAUCUAUUCUCUCAAGAAGAAGUUGACCAAAAAAGUAAAGAAUUUCUGUUAGAGAAAAUUGAAUAUGAAAGAAACAAUGGAUUUCCAAUUUUUGACAAGUUUUGAAAUUGUGUCUGUAUGUUAUAAUGUGUUCUUGUGGGUGUGUGUUUAGGACAGAGGUCGAUGCCAAAUGUCUUCCUCAAUCACACUUCACUUUUUUGAGACAAAGUCUGCUUCUGAACCCAGAGCUCAUGGACAUGUCCAGGCUGAUUAGCCAGUGAGCUCCUGGGAUCCACCUGUCUCUGCUUCUCCAGCCGCGGGAUCAUAGAUGAGCAUCACCUAGACAGCAUUUACAUUGUUGCUGGGGAUCUGAACUCAGGUCAAAGCAAGUGUGCAAAGCAAGUACUGUACGGACUGAGCCCUCUUCCCAGCCUGGGACUGUAUUUUGAAAUGAAACUGGGUUCAAGUCCAUCGUGGUGGUGUGUGCCUGUAGUCCCAGCACAUGAGAAAUGGAGCCAGAACAGCAGUUCAGUGCGAUCCUUGGCUGUAUCUCUAGUUCAAGGAUAGCCUGGGCUAAAUGAAACCUGCUUAAGGCAAGGUAUAAAAGGGGCUUGGAGAGAUGGCUGGGUGGUUAACAGCACUUACUGUUCUUCCAGAGGACCUGGGUUUGGUCCUCAGCACCCAAUGGCAGGUCAUAACUAUGACUCCAGUUCCAGGAAGUCUAGCCUGCUCACUGCAGGAUCCUGCUUGCACAUGGCAUAUGCACACAAACACAUAUACAAGAGAAAUAUUUUUUUUUAAAUAAUUCAUUUAACUUUAUUUUAUGU